AGGGAUAAAGGGGAGAAGGAAAUAGCAUAUCUGUGGUGAGAUGAAAAGGGGUGGUGGAAAAGGAAGAGGCAUGAGGAUCCAACACGUGUUAGAAUAGUGUUGUGAAUGGGUCGAGGAGGCACUUUAUGGGGACGUUGCAUGAGAUGGAAACGCAAGAAGGAGGAGGCCAUAAACAUUUGUGAGCUGUUCCUUCCUUCUUCAACGCCUCAACAGCUAUCCCUACCACCGUAUUAUAGGACCACCUCUUGCUUCUCCUUGUUCAUAUUUUUCAUUUUCAUUUUUCUUUUCCAUUUUUAAAAUUCUCUAAGUCUUCAAUUACCAUCUCUUUCUGGCUCCUUCAAUUCUAUUCCAGGUGGCACACCAAUUGCUACAGUCUGACCCUGUGAGAAAUAUUGAAGAGGGGCCACUUUGAAAAUCCUCAAUGGAGCCAUUUCCAGAAUCCCCUAUGGGAAGAAUCGAUUCUCAAGGAGAUGCUGAUUCUCCUAAGCCUUCUAAGAAUGUUAUUGACACAGCUGUACCUUUUGAAUCUGUCAAAGAUGCUGUGUCCAAGUUUGGAGGAAGAAUUGAUUGGAAAUCUCGUAGAACCCAGAGUUUGGAGAGAAGCAAGCUUUCAGGGGAAGAUUUUGAAAGAACACAAACUGCUGAGGAACUGGAAAACACUAGGAAGCUUAUAGAAAUACUGAAAAUGAACUUAGACAGGGUAGAACAAGAUGAGCUUGGGGUAAAAGAAGAGGCAGAACGUGUGAUUCUAAGAAUUGAAGAGAUGGAGCUGGACAUUGUAAAUGAAGCUAGUAUUGAAGCCAAGGUACAGCUUGAGGCUGAAAAAGCCAUGCACACUGCCGCGGUUUCUGAGCUGGAAUUCGUUAAGAAAGAACUGGAAUCACUGCAGAAGGAGUAUGCUUCUAUGGUAAGUGGAAGGGAUAUGGCAAUCAAUAACGCAGAAGAGGCUGUUGCAGCAUCCAAACAGAUUGAAAAGGCAGUGGAAGAUUUGAGCGCUGAGUUAAUUGUAACAAAGGAGGCAUUGGACGCUUCGCGAACCGCGCAAUUGGAAGCAGAAGCACAGACAUCAGGAGUUGUUGAUCAAGAGUCUCACAAUUUGAAGCUGGAACUUGAGCAAGCUGAAGAGGAGCUCCAAAGACUAAAUGAGCAAGUUUUGUCAGCCAGGGUUCUUAAAUCUAAAUUGGAAGCAUCUUCUUCUUUACUCCAUGAUUUGAAAGCUGAAUUAGCAUCAUAUAUGGAAUCAAAACUGAAGGAGGAAAGUUAUGAAGAAAGAAAAAAGGAACUUGAGGAAAUAAAGGUGAACAUAGAGAAAGCAACUGCUGAAGUUAACAGCUUGAGGGAGGCUUCUGUGUCCCUAAAAUCAGAUCUAGAAGAGGAGAAGUUAGUUCUGACCACCCUCAAGCAAAAUGAGGAAAUGGCUUCAGUUGCUGUUGUAAAUCUCCAAGCUGAACUGGAGAAGGCAAGGGCUGCAGCCGUUUUUCUUCAGAUGAAAGAGGAGGAAGCGCGCGAGAUGAUGAUCGAGUUGCCAAAGAAACUGCAGAAAGCAGCACAAGAGGCUGAUGAGGCCAAAUCACUUGCUCAGGCUUCUCAGGCAGAGUUGCUUAAAGCACAAGAAGAGGUUGAACAAGCCAAGGCCAGAUCGGUUACUUUGGAAUGUAGUUUAUUGGCAGCACAGAAGGAGAUAGAAGCAGCCAAGGCUUCUGAGAUGCUGGCCAGAGAUGCAAUCACAGCAUUGGAGAAGAGUGAAUACUCAGCUAAGAACAAGAAUGGCAAUGAUUCUUCCUCAAUGGUGACACUCACAUUAGAUGAAUAUCAUGAGCUCAGUAAGAGAGCCUAUAAGGCAGAGGAGCAAGCCAGUGCAAGGAUUGAAGCUGCUAAUUCUCAGAUUAAGAUUGCAAGAGAGUCAGAGUUCAGAAGCUUGGAGAAGUUAGAAGAACUGAAUGAAGAGUUGUCUGUGAGAAGGGAAUCUCUUAAGAUUGCAACAGAGAAUGUUGAGAAGGCCAGUGAAGGAAAGUUUGCUGUUGAAGAGGAAUUAAGAACAUGGAUGGCUGGACAAGAGCAGCAAAAGAUGGCUUGUGAAUUGAAUGACCAGACUACUGCUCCUACUGAGCCUGUACAUGAUGAUUCAUUGAGCUCAAAAGGAAUAGUUCCUUCUAAUAACACUGAAACUGAACCUCCCUCAGAAACAAAGACCAAAAAGAAGAAGAAGAAGUCUUUGUUCCCUUCAAAGGUUGUAAUGUUCUUUGCAAAGAAAAAAACCCACCCAACCAAGUAAAUAUCAACUCAUGAUAAUGCCAUAAGCCUUAACAAAUCUUACCUCUGAACAGGUUGUGUAUUGGAUGCCAAUUGUCAGAAUUUGUAUUAAGUUCUUUGAUUGCAAGAAGCAAAUUAAAUAAGACCAUUUAUUCACCAUAAGGUGUAUCUGCUUUAUUCUAAUACAAAAUUACCAUAUUAAAC